AUGGCUGGUGGUCGGAUGUGGACGGCGAAGUACAGCAGCCGGUGCGCACACGUGCUCGCUGUUAAAGGCGCGGUGUUUAUUUUCGUAUUACAUAAUAGGUUGAAAGCGAGCGAGGCACCGGUCGGUUCGGCACCGAGAGCGAUGGUCGCGCGGAGUGCGGCGAUGUGGAUAAGGGACGGGCGCGAGGGCACGUGUGCGCCGUGCUGGGUCCGUGUGGCGGCGCCCCGCACCAAUGCCUUCCACGACGCCCGUCCGGGGCCCCCGGAGGGCGGUCGCCAGAUACCGCCUACUUCGUCCGGUACAGGCGUCACCCGCCUCGUGUCCCGCUUCACCUUACAACUAACUACAACCGACCGGGGCACAGCCACAGUUCCAAGGAGAAAACGCCCUUCAAACGGCCCGUAUCCAGGCCCUAUGCCCUCGCUUGGCGCAGACCUCGUUAGCACACCGCGUGACCCGUCCGAUCGAGAAGACUUUUCCCUUGAACACCUUUGCUUCGUGGAUACGGGAGUAGAAACGUACAGA